AAAGGAAUUUUUUUUUUAAUUUUUUUUUUAAAUUUUAUAUAUAAGUACAAGGAAACGAGAUCUUGACCAUAAUUCUGGGUUUUGCCAAACUCGGAUUUGGGGCCCUUUUUUCUUUUGAUAAAAAGGGAUAUACUCUGUCUCUCGCGGUUUCUCUCUCUCUCUGUUUUACUGCUCCCCGUUUGUUUCUGUUCCUGGACUUUGGUCUGUAAGGCUGUUCUUUGGUGGAAGAUAUGGGGGUCGAAGAUUUGGGAUUUGAGAAGGUCCAAGGACCAGUUGGGACUGUUAGUGAAGGAGAGAAUUCUGCCAAGGAAAAUGGGAAACUGGAAGAAGGGUCAGGGCAUAAUGAGCCCAUAAAAUUUGGAUCACAUGGUGAUGAAAUGACUAAAAAGGAAGGGAAUGGGGUUGCGGUACAAAACUUCCCUCAAGAUGCAGUUGAUGAGUGGCCUGCCCCUAAGCAGAUCCAUUCUUUUUAUUUCGUCAGGUACCGGACAUUUGAUGAUCCAAAGUUAAAAGCCAAAAUUGAGCAGGCUAAUGUAGAAGUUCAGAAGAAGAAUCAGGCUCGAUCUCGAGUCCUUGAAGCAUUAAAUGCAAAGAGGUCCGAGAGAUUUGAGUUAAUAGAGCAGAUUAAGGCUCUGAGAUCUGACAACCAGCAAAUUAGAAAAAUUGCGGAUGAGAAAUUUAAGGAGAUUGAGCCUCUGCAGAAGGAUCUCAAAAAGCUCCGCAAUGCAGAUCAUGCUGGUCGCAACGGUGGUUUGUGCUCAUCUGAGGAAGAGCUUGAUGCUCGGAUCAAAGGCUUGCAGUAUAUCAUACAACAUGAGAGCAUUCCGUUGUCUGAGGAGAAGAAAAUCCUUAAAGAGAUCAAACAACUUGAAAACACACGUGGAGAAGUCAUUGCUAAUGCUGCUGUACGAGCCAAGAUUCAGGAAUCAGUGGUUCAUAUAGACAAAGAUGCCCUUCAAGACCAGGUUAAACUUAUUGGUGGUGAUUUGGAUGGAGUAAGGAAAGAGCAACAAGCAGUUAGGUCCAAAAUUCAGCAACUUGAUGAUGCAAUUAAGGCCGUAGAUAAGCAAAUUUCAUCAAUACGGGAUGAGCUGAAGAUUGUAACUGAUAAGAGGGAUCAAGCACAACAGAGCAUUUUUACAUUUAGGCAGCAGCUUGAUCAGCAAAAUGCCUCCUUUUACCUAAGCCGUAAUAUCUUGAACAAAGCGAGAGGUUUGGCUAUGAAGAAUGAUGUUAAAGCACUUGAAGAGCUUACUCAUGCAGAGGUGGAGAAAUUUAUGUCCCAGUGGAAUAGUAAAAAGGAUUUUAGGGAUGAUUAUGAGAAAAGAAUUUUGUCGUCUCUGGAUAGUCGGCAAUUGAGUAGGGAUGGACGAAUAAGAAACCCAGAUGAGAAGCCAUUGGUGGUUCAUGAAGUGUCCACACCCAUAGUAGUAGAGUCGGCAACAAAAGCUAAUACAAAACAAGUCAAGGAAGAUGGCAGAUCUGCUCCAUUAGAUAGUUUGCCUGUACAGAAGGUUCAGAAAGAAGCCAAAAGUAAAGCAGUGCUUCCAAAAUCUACUGUAGAUGAAGACGAGGAGAUAUAUGGGCUUGAGAAACCGAAAAAGGACAGUAAAGAAAGUAAAGUUGAUGAAGCAAAGUUGAAGGAGAUGAAAAGAGAAGAGGAAAUUGCUAAAGCUAAGCAGGCCAUGGAAAGGAAGAAGAAAAAGGCAGAGAAAGCUGCAGCUAAAGCAGAAAUUAGAGCUAAAAAAGAAGCCGAAAAGAAGCUCAAGGAGCGUGAAAAGAAGGCAAAGAAGAAGGCUACAUCGGUAACCGAGAACAAUCCUGAUGAGGCAACGGAACCAAUUGCUGAAGUUGCAGAACCAGAAAUACCUAAUGUUGAAGUUCCGGUCCCUGCUAAGGAGAAGGUGCAAAAGGAUAAAACUAUCAGGAAUAGGGGUCGUCCAAGAGGUCCAGACUCACUUCCGAAAGCCAUACUGAAGCGGAAGAAGAGUAAUAAUUAUUGGGUAUGGGCUGCUCCUGCAGCUUUUUUGGUUGCGGUGUUUCUAGCACUCGGUUACUACUAUCUUCUCUGAGGAAGUUAAAACAGGAACCAAGGUAGAGAGAGUUGAGAACUAAUGCUUUCUACUUGGUAAGUUUGCAAGUGAAGAAGUCUAUCUUUUAGUUAAAUUAAGUUUUCCUGUUCUUUACAUCCUGUGUGUAAGGAUGUUCUCGGAACUCAUAAUGUUGAAGGUAGGCUGGUAGCUCAGUCCAAAGUAUCUUUCAGUGGAGGAGACAUUCUUUUUGUAUGGUUUAUGUAAUUUCAAAUUUUGACCGUCUUUUUUCGUUUAAGUUAAUCUCAAACUCAACUGUGAUCUUACAGAA